GGGUCUGUGAGGCACAGGGCACCGCAACAGCUGGCCUCCCCGUCACCCUCGCGCAGCCAAGCCCAUCGGGCGAGGCCCCCGGCGCCCCGCAGCCGCCGCCGCGCCAUGCUUCACCUUAGCGAGUUUUCCGGCCCCGACGCGCUUCUGGUCAAGUCCACCGAGGGCUGUUGCGCGGAACCCAGCACUGAAUUGUCCCGGCUGCCCGGUAGGGACGCGCCGGCGACUGCCGGCUACCCCGGAGCAGGCGACUUCUUGAGCUGGGCUUUGAGCAGCUGCAGCGCCGGGGGGGACUUAGCCGAUUCCUGCUUCCUGGAGGGGCCUGCACCCACGCCCCCUCCUGGCCUCAGCUACAGCGGUAGCUUCUUCAUCCAAGCAGUACCCGAACACCCGCACGACCCGGAGGCACUCUUCAACCUCAUGUCGGGCAUCCUGGGUCUGGCACCUUUCCCCGGCCCUGAGGCGGCAGCAUCCCGGUCUCCGCUGGACGCCUCUUUUUCCGCAGGCCCCGACGCCUUGCUGCCGGGUCCCCCGGACCUUUACUCCCCGGAUCUGGGCGCUGCCGCCUUCCCAGAGGCGUUCUGGGAAGCCUCACCCUCGGCAGGCGCCCCCUCACAGUGCCUGUAUGAGCCUCAGCUCUCCCCGCCCGACGUCAAGCCAGGCCUCCGGGCGCCUCCGGCCUCCCCUGCGCUGGACACUGCCUCGGCCUUCAAAGGCCCCUACGCUCCCUGGGAGCUGCUCUCAGCUGGAGCCCCAGGGAGCUGUGGGUCACAAGGAGGCUACCAGGCCCCCCCCGACGCCCGUUUCCCCUCGAUGGGGGCCAAGAUUGAAGACCUGCUGUCCAUCAGCUGCCCGGCGGAGCUGCCAGCCGGUCCCGCCAACAGACUCUACCCCACGGGGUCUUACGACGCUUAUCCGCUGGCCGCAGGUGACUUAGGAGAGGUGGCCGAGGGCCUCCCGGGUCUCCUGACCCCUCCUAGUGGGGAUGGGGGGAGUAGCGGCGACGGUGGAGAGUUUCUGGCGGGUACUCAGGCUCAGGUUUCUCCCCUGGGCCUUCGCAGCACCGCGGCGGACUUCCCGAAACCUCUGGUGGCAGACAUCACUGGGAGCAGUGGCGUGGCCGAGCCUCCGGGGCCACCACCGCCGGCCCCAUUCCCACCCACCAAGGCGCGGCGCAAGGGGCGCCGGGGCGGCAAGUGCAGCGCGCGCUGCUUCUGCCCGCGGCCUCAUGCCAAGGCCUUUGCUUGCCCAGUGGAGAGCUGUGUGCGCAGCUUUGCGCGCUCCGACGAGCUCAACCGCCACCUGCGCAUCCACACCGGCCACAAGCCCUUCCAGUGCCGCAUCUGCCUCCGCAACUUCAGCCGAAGCGACCACCUUACCACCCACGUGCGCACUCACACGGGUGAGAAACCCUUUGCCUGCGACGUGUGCGGCCGCCGCUUCGCGCGCAGUGAUGAGAAGAAAAGGCACAGCAAGGUGCACCUCAAGCAGAAGGCGCGCGCGGAGGAGCGGCUCAAGGGCCUUGGCUUUUACUCUUUGGGCCUCUCUUUCGCCGCCCUGUGAGGGGGAAAUGGGUUUGUAGAUUGAGGCGCUGCCGCCUGGCACGAAAGAGGAGACCUGGCCCGACCCCCCCCCCCCAUCCACCCCUUUUCCGGCACGUCCCGGGGCCGGGCUCUGGUCCCGCUUCCAGUUCCCUUGAAGUGCCCGUCGUUCACGCCUCGUUCAGCACCAGCUCCGUGGACAGCUCCUGCGGUCCCCGGCGCUGACGCCCGCGUCCGCCGCUCUUUGAAGAAGUCCUCUCAGGCCACCCACUGAGUAGGCACUUCCAUGGGACUCAAGAUAGCCUUUUGUAACUAACUUGGCGCACGCCCCACGCCCCUCUUUAGAACCCCCAGAGUCAGGCUGGGGCAGCGCCGAGCCGGUCUCGCGCGGGAUUUUGUACAGCAAUGUCGUUUCCAGCAGCCAUUGGAUGUAACGUUUUGCUUUGGGGUUAUUUCCUUUUGUUGUUGUUAAUUUUUGUAAAGCAGACGCUACUCUCGAGCAGUUGACAAAACUGUUUAUUUUUGCAAUUAAAAUUAUUGUGCUAAAAGCUUA